AAAAAUUGUUCAUCAAUUCUAUAAAUAAAAUAAAAUCAUGCCUAUUUUACAAAUAACAAUCGAUGAACUACUCACAAAUAAAGAACAAACGUUACAACAAAUUGAAAAAGCUUGGGAUGAAAUACCUUUAAUGAAUGAUAUUGGAUUGGAUUCAUUAAAAAAUGGAUCUCUGGUACGAUUCCGUGGUAUGGUUCAGGAUAUGCAUAGUCCUGAAUAUUAUUUGGAUAUGUACGAAAUUAAAAAUACAAUUACAAAUGAAAAAACUAUGCGAAAUGGAAAGUAUAAGGACAUUAUCGAUGUACAUGAUAAUGAAGUAUUCACUUUUGAAAGUGAUACAAAUGUUAAUAAAGAAAGACAGACGUUUGUUGUUAUAUCAAUGCCGGGAUUAAAUUCAUGGACUCGUAAUUUAGAAAAUGAGAGUAAAAAAUUACAAUUAUGCACAUCUUCAAAUCAAACUAAAAGAAAAAUUGAAGAUGAAGUUGAAGAAAUGGAAACGAGUGACUCAUCGUCUUCUGUCACAAGUAAAAAAAUAUGUGAAAAUACGACAGAGUCAUCGAGUGAAUCUCAAAACUUAAAAAAUAUAUCACCAGAAUUUCUAUUGAAUUGUCCGCUUGCUGAUCGUCCUGGAAAAGCUUGUUUAGUUAAGGUGUAUGAAGAUUAUGAUUGGAUUAAAAUAAACGAAAUGAUUGAAACCGUUGGAUUUUUAGCAGUAAGUCCAUUGCCAACAAAUCCUACAACAUCUGAUGAUGGUACCGUUGAUAUGGAGAAUCAAGUAAUGAAUCCACCACCAUCAUUAAUACCACGGAUCCAUUCGAUUGUAAUUAAACGAAUCACACAUGAUAAUCCAUUAUUACCAACUAAAUUAGAAUCGUAUAAUGAUUCAUUAAAUCCAUUUCGUGAUGUUUUCAAAGAUUUACAUUUGGUCUUAACACAAUUAUUACUUGGUGAUAAAUUAGCUGCAGAAUUUUUAAUUUGUCAUUUAAUAUCUCGAGUGUAUUUGAGAAAAGAUGUGAUUUCUCUUGGACAAUGCACAAUUAAUUUUUCAAAUAUUCCAUCUGAAAAAUACGAGAAUUAUGUGAAAAAUAUUUAUGAAAUUUUAGAAUUGAUGGUGCCAAAAAGUCAUUAUUUUCCAAUGACUUUAGAUAAUAUGAAUUCUUUGGAAUUUACACCAAAAAAAGAUUAUGAUUGUAAUCGUUUAACAACUGGUCUACUACAAUUAAGUGCGCAUACUCAUUUGAUUAUUGAUGAGAGUCGAUUACAAGCGGGACGGUUGGAUCAAAUCGGUGUGAAAAAUGUACAAGCACUUGCAAAUGUCGUUCGAAAUCAACGAUUACCGUAUGAUUUUAAGUUUUAUCAAAUGGAUUAUGACACAGAUAUUCCAGUACUUAUAUUUAGUGAGGGUAAAAGUUUAUUACCGUGUGAUUUUCAUGUUCCUUUGGAACCUGAUUCUGAAUGUGUAAAAACGUUAAAUGAAAUCAUCGAAGCCUCCAAACAUUUUUUGAAUUCAAAUUUACUUGAUCGUAUUCGUAAAUUUUUAACCAUUGCUCGACAUUCGAAUUGUGAACUUACCGAUGAUAUUCAAGAGGUAAUACAAGAAGAUUUUGUGGAAAUGAGAAAAAAAGAUCAAAAAAUAAAUUCGGAAGAUUUACAUAAACUUUUAGUAUUAUCCCGUCUUAUCGCUUUGUCUGAAGGACAAUGUAAAGUUGGCGUGGACGCAUGGAAAAGAGCACAAGUUUUGGAAACAGAACGAAAAUCUAGAUUAAAAUAGUUGUUAUUCGUCGUUUAUUUUGUACUUUUAUAUUUAAAUUGUUAAAUAAAUAUUUUAAUUAUUA